AAAAUGGACGCAAAAGCAGUCGAGAAAUUGUUGAAAGCUCAGCAAGAGCAGUUUGAGAAGAUGUUAAUUAGGCUGUUGAAGCCAAGUGAAUUGAACGAUACCGAGUUGUACAGUAAAUUGGUUGGAAUGAUCGGUGGGUUUGUUUUUGAUUUGUCGAGUGGAAUGACCUUGAGUCAUGGUUUGGUAGACAUCGUUUCAAUGAUAAAGAACUAA